AUGUCUAUAUUGAAACUACCGUUGGAGAUUAUGUAUCUUGUCGCCAACUUACUAGCGCCAAGAUAUAAGCUUGAAUGUGUCCGAGUUUGUAUAUUAUGGCGAGUGGUAUUCGAAGAUUCAUUGUGGGAAACAAUUAUAAUCAACUCUCCAGACGAUCUUAAAGGAGUCUGUAAUGCGGUAACUACAAGAACCAAUCGGUACAACAAAGCUGGAAAUCGUACACGAAGGCUGUACAUGGGCGACUCAAUUAGCGCAGAAAACAAUCAGCUGUAUAGUCUACAAAAGAGUUUCCCAAACCUAAAGUACCUCAUCAUAUCCAGAAACAGUCUGAGAAACGAGCACAACAUAGCUAAGCGAGGAUGGAGUUUUUGGAGAGAGCUGACCCAUUUGAAAUUGUUCAUGAAUGAAUCAGGAACUCAAAAUCAGAUUCAGAAAUUGCAUAGACUUUCAUUAUAUCUACCCAAUAUUAAAAACUUGGAAUGCUUUAGUACCAUCAAGUCAAGAGCACCAACUUAUACUCUGGAAGAUUUCGAGGCUCUCCAUUCAAACAUGCCAGCCUUGGAAUACCUGUGUCUGCCUGCAAAUGUUGCCAUUCUGUCUGAUCGAGACAUUGAACUAAUUUUCAGCACAAAGCCAGCAAAGAGCACUACCGGAAUCAAAUUCCAGAUUACUACAAUAGACAUCCGAUGGCUGUGUUACUUUGCUAAAAAAUAUCCGAAUCUCUCCACGUUCGAAUGGAUCGAAGUAGAGCCGUUUUAUAGGCACUAUGUGUUUGAAACAGAGGCCGCCCAAAUCCUUUCCAAGCUUCCGUGUGCUUUCACUCAUGUAAACAAAGUCCACAUAAGGUCGAGUCCAAAGUCAGAGAAGGUGGUUUCAAUUCUUUACAGAGCCUUACGUCAAAAUAAAUUAUUAGCCAAAAUUGAAUAA